UUUGUUUUCCCAUUCUUUAGUUUGCUAACACAGUUACUUUUGCCUUUUCUUGGUUUAUUCGUGGUGGAAAGGGUAAACGGUAGGUAUUCCUCUUGAAGACCUAAAAAUACUAACUACAUUAUUAAUAUUUUGCUGCUGUUGAGUGGCUUGGCGAUGUGAAUUGAUGAAGUAUCAAACUGUAGACUGUAGAAGCUUGAAAACCAACAAUACUGGCUCUACUAGUUGGUUGCUAGUUGACUUCUUUUCAAAUUGAAGGCGUACAUUCGUGAUAAUGAAAACGGCAUUGCAUAGUUAUGCAAGAUGUUGUAGUUCUUAUAGUUAAAUGAAUUUUUUACUCGUUUCAGCUUACGCAAUUUUGGUAUAGUAAAUGUCCUUGACGGCAACUUGAAUGGAAAUCACAUAGAAGGAGGUAGAGUGAUCUAUUUGCUUUCGAAUCUUGGAAAAAUCUUCCUAUUGGUAAGAAAAGCAAUAAAAAGGGAGAAAUAGUUGACGUUUCUAAAAAUAACGUUACAAACAUAAAGAAUUUUUGAAAAUAAAAUCUUGCAUAACCUCUCCUCGAAAUGCUAAAAUCUUCAAACAGUUUAAUGACGAAUUUUAAACAAUAUCGUGAUGUAAUCCUGUCUAUUUUUCAAGAAACUAUGCAAUGUUAACAAGAUAUAAUUGGAAUCUCAACAAAAGACAAUUUUCAACAGUAAGAAACUGAUUCACAGGGUUUGACAGUCAGAUGAGUCCAAGCAUCACACUCGUAAAGUUGACAGUCCAAGUUUUCUGAGAAAGGGUGUGGAAGUGCUACAUUUAGAUAAUAUUAAUACUUAAGGGGCGUCAUUGUUAAUGUUUAGACUGGUGGCAUCUAUGCCCCUGCCAAAAUACUGAGAGCUCUGUCCAUUCGCGAAGGCUGUAUGCUAUUAUAUCUGACCUAGGUUAAAAUGAAAGGAGGAUGGGAGGAAAUAUAGUCAGCGGAUCGGUUGAUUAUAGCUCCAGAACAGCAUCUACCUAGAACUACCUGUCCGUCUUCUGAAAACAGCAAAAUCUUGUUGUUCUAGUGAUUCUGUAUUACAACAAUGUUGUACCUGAAUGUUUUUCCACCAUUCCAACGCUAUAAGCCUAUAUCUGCAAAGUCUCCUUCUUUACCAUAUGUUGAACCUGAGGUAGGGGAGGUUUCCAACCAGUGCAGAGUUUUCUAUACAUUCCAAUUAUGUGAAGUUGUUAACUGAGGAUGAGAUGUAAUAUAUUUGUUUCACCAUGUUGAUUGUUGUAAAUGAAAAUUGCUUUAUGCACAUUGGUGUUUUAAGAAAACCGUCGUUUAAAUUCAUUACCUAAUUCCUAAUUGUGUUUAUGUUUCAAUCAUCAUUGGACAUGGUCGACUAUUUAGCGAUUCUGGUAGUUGGUGCUAAAUCGAAGUCCAUAGCAACUGAUAGCCAGUAGCAACUGCUGACUGAUUUUGUUUUCAGGUCCUUAUAUUUCAUUAUUUGCAUGGGCUCGUCAAUAUUUUGGUAUGUGGUCAUAGCAUGUCAUCGCUUUCUUAUUCCAUGCACACCCUGAAGUGUUUCAUAGUUGAGGUAAAAAGGUGAAAUCUAAGUAAGAACAAUUAUCCCCUGAAAGUUCAUUUUAUGUGACUUUCCUUACCAUGAAGGAGCUGAGUAUUUUAGAAUAUGCUCAUGGUAAGAGGUUCUGUUGGCUAGUUUCAUCCUGGCUGAGGUGUUCUUACAUUUGCCAUCAAGAUCACAUGAUUGUACAUGGACAGAUUGUGUUGUAAAAAGUUUCCCUUUGAAAUAGUUCAAACCUGAUGUCUGAAAAUAUGUACCAUCUUGUUGAUGAGGCACACUUGCAUAGUAAUGGAACUUGGGAGAAGCAAAUCCCGCUAUGCAGAAAUAGGAACUUGGCAAAAAGAAUAAUAAAAUAUUCCUUUCUUCAUCGAUAUCAAAGCAUAAAGCAUGAGUAAAUAUGACUCUAUCAUGGCGUCUCCACAGAGAAAUUGGAGGUCAGUAUGGCGUUGCCAGAUUUUUCUCUCUCAUCAACAUUCUUUUCUGCUUAAUUUUUUCCAGCUGGCAUAUGACCACAUCAACACUGUAAUGACACAAUAGAUAUAGAGCACUAUCACAAUUUCUCUUUUACUCAUGAAAGUUAGAGCAUCUAAAAGAGAAUUGAACAUCAACCUUAAGGCUACAUGGAUCAGAUAAAGUGAAGGUUGAUGAGGCUGAAGAGUCGGACUGGCUUUAUGUCAAAUAUGUCUAAUACGAAGUAAAUGUGAAGGAACUAAAGCAUAAUUCUGUCACCAUGGGGUCCUGCCUCUCUCAAUGGCAGAAUGAUCAGUAUAAGUCAGGAUAUAGCGUAGGUCCAGGUAGGAAGCAGCGUCACUUGAUUUUCUGAGUAUUGUAAGAAUUUGUUUGCACCUGCAGGCGAGUGUGUUUCAUUUAGUUCUAUGUCAAAAUAUCCCAUAUGCUCUCUAUGGUGGGAACCCAAAAUCGACCACCAUCUUCUAUUAUUGAGGCCAUUUAUUUUCUUGGACAAAUGCUUUGUCAAACAUGCUUUUAUUUGUCUUUUCAGAUCCUGCAAGUCUUAACAUCAAUGUUAAGUGUCUGCUCUUCCUGUCUGCUGCGAAGGAGCAUAGAGUCCCUGAGGAGGGUUAAUGGAGCUCGUUCCUUUCCUCUAGUGGCCACAUGUUACCUGUCAUAAAGUUGAGGUCCCCUUUGUCUUGGCGUCAUGGGAAGGAUAUUGUGCUUCUCAGUCAAUAAUCGAUAAUGGGCCUUCAUUGUUGUAGGUCAAUUCCUUUGCUGGUCCUUCUGCCUUUUCACUUUAUUGCACCCUUCCAUGAUGAUUCUGCCUCAGAUGCGCAAGAAUUUUUCUGCAAGGGUGCAUGCAUUUAGUAGUUAUUGGAAAAAAGAACGAUGUACUUGUGAGUUGUGAAUGCAUAAAUAUGUCUUCCACAUUAGCAAAUCUGAAGGUUUUUUUGCUUAAGAGUUUGAUAGAUCAUAGUAUCCCCAUUCAAUUAUUUCACCGAAAUGCUUCCCUCUGUCUCUGGUUAUGGCGGCAAUGAAGCAACCAUUGAUCUGGGCCUGUCACUAGGAAGUUGGUUGCAACAAGAGGCUAAUGCACCUCAACAAGCCUUACAGAAAAAAGCCUCGAUGGUCAACCUUGAGGUAGGGAUUGAAGAAGAAGCAGGAAAGCAGAGCACGCGAGGAAGUGGCUUUGUGAAGGUUAAUAUGGAUGAGAUUGGAAUUGGUAGGAAGAUAUGUGUCAUGGAUUAUGCUGGUUAUGCUGGCCUGGCACUUGAAUUGGAGAAGAUGUUUGGAACGCAUAGCCCUUCUGGUCUACGGUUGCUGGAUCAAGAUUCUUCAUUCUCGCUGGUUUACAAGGACAGAAACACUGGGGAUUGGAUGCCCAUUAGUAAUUUCUCAUGGCAGUAUGUUUUCCUUCCCAAAUCUUUGGUUUCAACCAUGGUUAUCGUAUCUUCAUUUUGGUUAUCAUCAUUACUUUCCCACAAAAUAAGCUCAGCAAUCAGGAAUGUAUAUGUAAGAUGCUGCGAAACGGGUAUGCUGAAGUUAAUUCAGGGAAGCUGCUCUGUGAAGUCCCCAGUACACACCCUUUCGUUGUCAAGACUCAAAACAGCAAACACCCUAUAUACCCUUGCAACACUAUACAUCUAUUCCGACUCUUUCACAAGAGCACUGAUCACUUUCUCCAAAUUUCAUUGGCAUGGAGAAAGAAAUAACAGGAAACGGUUUCACCUCAACCAUGGGUUGGAAUUGGCUUUUCAACCACACCUUACUUACAUGAGGAAAAAAUGUCGAUCAAGAAAUUGGUGGAGCGACGCGGCCAGACACCCCUACCUAACGGGCCAGGGCAUGGUAAAUGCCUGAAUGUGACUGCAGCGCUUGUCUUCUCUGCACAUUCUCGACUGUCUGCCUGCCGAGCCCCACAUGGGCACUUCCCAGACAGCCGGUCCCGUUUGCUUACCUUACCCAUCACUGUGCUCAGUGUCAGCAAGGUCAUGGUGUUCUUCUAGCUAUGGAUGAAGAUCUGAUUUAAACCCUCGGUAACAGUCAUUGGUAAAACAAAACCUGUGGCAUUCAAGCCGAAGCAAAUUGCAGAUUUGGAUGCAUCUAUAGAUAUGGUGCUCGGUCAUUAUUGCGACGGUCUGCCGCACAUUGAUAUAAUGCAAAUCCAACCCCGGUGAAGGAGGAAAACCG